AAAUGAAACUUCUUCUAUUUCAUGUAUUGGCUACGCUGUUAUUUGAUCAUUCGUUAACUCAUGUGCCAACAUGGAGGAAGUAGACAGUAUAAUAAUCCAUUCUUUACGUCAGGUUGGAUGUGAUAUUGAAGAAGAUGUUGAGAGCUUAAAGAAUUUUUCCACCGAACUUGUAAUUGAAGCUGCUGUUAGAUGCUUGGAUGUCAUUCAACCAGGAUUGGGCCUUCCCCAUUCAUUACCAGAUUCAAUGUCAACUCGAUUUCGGGUUGGAGCAAGCAUUGCCCAGGCUUGCAAGAACUUGGGUUAUUCUGGGGACAUAGGAUAUCAGACAUUCCUGUAUUCAAGCGAGACGGAUGUUCGAAGGGUUUUUGUGUUCCUGAUAGAAAAGUUGCCAAAAGAAUCUGAGAAGAACAUAGUUGAGCCAACAGGGAGAAUUGGACUUCUUGAAAAAGCUGUAAGUGAAGCCGUAAAGAAGCAACUGACUUCUCCUUGGUUACCAAGAUACUGCAAACGUAGAGGUAUAAGGUGGUAUGAUGAUGGCACAUGGAGCAGAGAGGGAUGCUGUUACAACCAGCCUUUUGUUAGUUGUAACAUACAUGUUCCUAAAACUACAAAUUCAAAAGAACUUUCCCAAGCGUGGCGUGAAUAUCACUUUUACACUAUUACAUGUCUCUUAUGUUCUAGCGUGAUUACAGAGGAGAAAUCACAUGAAGAACAAAUGUUAAAAAACAAAGAAGAACAACAAAUUGUAAAAAAACGUACAUACGGUUUGUUGCCGGAGGCAGAUACCAACUUAAGUGCGCUGCAGACUUCGGUAGAUAGUAGUGCACAAAACUUGGUAACUCUUGCCUUGCAGUGGGAGAAACAUAGAGUACCGCUCUUGACACAAUAUCGGGACGCGAGGGAACGUAACUCCAGCAUAGCAACAGAAAGCCAGAAGAAGGUAGACGCAUCGCGGAAGUUACGGGAGAAAAGUCGAGAAUUAGGAGAGGAGGUUCGUCAUAAGGAGCAACUUCAUUCACAGCUCGUGAUUGAGUAUGAGAAAGUCACCAAGGACAUCAACAGAUCGGCCUACACUCGUCGGAUCAUGGAGAUAAUCGGCAAUAUUUGUAAACAGAAGGAAGAAAUUGAUAAAGUUCUGAAAGACACAAAAAAAUUGCAGAAGAUGAUUAACAAUUUAACUGGACAACUUGAGAGAUCUUUUACUGUUGCUGAUGAACUAAUAUUUCGGGAUGCGAAACGGGAUGAAACAGCCAGAAAAGCUUACAAACUUCUAGCAACCUUACAUUCAGAUUGCAGUGAGCUGGUUCAAAUGGUGGAGGAAACUGGGGCUAUAGUCAGAGAAAUUCGGGAUUUAGAGGAACAGAUCGAGACUGAAAGCGCUAAGAAUGUGGGAGCUAACCUGAACAGGAUCUCCGCGGAUCUACGACAGAUGAAACAAGAAAGUGCUGCCCUUACAGCUCAGCUGAACGCAAAGUCAUGAUGAAUAAAUGUGUAAUGCUCUUAAUUCACAGGAGGACAUUCACUGGACCAAAUUCUUAGCCAACGAAUAUUAGGUUAUAAGUAAUCGCUGCAGAAAUGUUAUAUUGUAAUUACAUAAAUAAAAAUACAAUAAUAUAUACAAGGCACUAUUGCUUGUGCAUUUUCUAGAAAUGCAAUAUUGCACUGAGUAGGGAUGCCAAAUGAUACAAUAUUAAAAAGGAGCUUCUGAUAUGUAGUUUUUUUAAAGUUAUUUCAUAUAGCCAAUGGAAAUUCAACAUUAAGCCUAAUAGUUAUAGAAUUAUAUAAAUUAUUAUAAUGUGAUUUUCCGUACUGAAGUUCCGAUGCAGGUUAAUUUAAAUGACUU